UGAACGAGACAGACGCAUCCCAAGCCCAUCCCAUCCCCGCAAACUGCAAAUGGUAGGCAGGUGAGAAUUGACGUCAACAGCAAGCGGUUAGCCCAGACUAUAUUGCAUGCCUUGAAGUAUGUGAAGUGGAAUCGACUAUACGCCCGAUGUGACAAGGUCCUUUAGACUCCUCCAAUUUUUGUCCUCAUUGAUUUCAAAUUAAUCGGAUAAGCGCCGGGGGAGAGUGCUUCUCCAAACGAUGCUUUUAGGACAUGUUUGGAUAGAACAGGGUAGCCUAUUAUCCGCCGAAACGAGGCGGUGAAGACUUAAACUUUCAUUCAAAUAUCUGGAGAUGGAGAGUGACCGUGUAGCCAUCUUGAAUGACGAUGAGGAGGACCAGAAGAGGAAGUAUGUGCUCUCAGAGCCUUUCAACACCUUAUCCAUGGACCAGGCGUCCGACACAUCCCUCUCCGGGCCGACCCCCUCCGAGACCCCCUCCAGCAUCUCGGCCUCUCAGUCGGCCCAGAGCAUGGACUGCUUGGACCGUGGCUGCUUGCACGUAAACAACCACCUCCUGGUGUCCAAGGUGUUCUAUUUCUUCUUCUACGCGGCAUACGGCUCACUCCACCCGCUCCUCGCCGUGUACUACAAACAGCUGGGCAUGAGCCCCAGUCAGAGUGGCCUGCUGGUUGGGAUCCGCUACUUCAUCGAGUUCUGCAGCGCCCCGUUCUGGGGUCUCAUGGCUGACCGCUUUAAGAAAGGCAAGGCCGUGUUGCUCUUCUCUGUCUUCUGCUGGAUAGUGUUCAACCUUGGCAUUGGCUUUAUCAAGCCAGCCGCCAUGAUCUGUGUGGAGAAAGACUCCAUUGUUAACAGUAGUCACCCCCUCCCUGCAGGAAAUCAUACCAGGAAUCGCAGAUACAUAUUUGAAAGCCCUCUUCCCAGUCUCUCACUAAUGCGGAACAUGGAGCCUGCUUAUAGUACUCAGCAUAGAUACAUUAGGAGUGUGGAUGUCAAUAUAUCAGACCAUCCAGUUGGGUCUCCUGGUUUAACAGCUCACCUGCCAACCCCCAGACCUAUUAAUGAAGCAGUUAUAUCCAACAAAACCAGUCCUGCUGCUACCAUGACCACCAUAACAACACCAAUCACUACCUCCAAAGCUGCGACAACAACCGCCACCACCACAGCAAAGCCAAAGGAGCAUAAAAUAAUUUUCAACCAUGACCAAGUGGAAACCAUCUUCCUCCUGAUCCUGUUGGUCAUCAUCAUCGGGGAGUUCUUCAGUGCCCCCGCGGUGACCCUCGUGGACACGGUCACGUUGCAGUACCUGGGCAAGCAUCGAGACCGCUACGGGCUCCAACGGAUGUGGGGCUCCCUCGGCUGGGGCCUGGCCAUGCUCUCGGUGGGCAUCUGGAUCGACCACACGCCCAUCACGCUGGUCGUCCAGGGCUUGGGUUGCGUGCUGCCCCAUUACAAGAACUACCAGAUUGCCUUCAUCGUUUUCGGCGUGCUCAUGACCCUGGCCCUGGCGGUGGCCACGCAGUUCUACUUCGAUCCCAGGGACUACCAGCCUGGGAAGGAGGGGGAGCAAGAGAACGAGGUCGAGAUUCCACACGUCGUCCAGAACAUUCCAAGCCCCGAGGCCAGCUCCGAGGAAGCCCCCGUGUGCCCGGAGUCGGCGCACCGGCCCCUCCCCAUCAAGGAGCUCUUCCGGCUAUUCUGCGGCGUCCAGUACGGCUCGGUGCUGUUCGUGGCCUGGUUCAUGGGCUUCGGCUACGGCUUCGUGUUCACCUUCCUCUAUUGGCACCUGCAGGACCUGAAGGGCACCACCACGCUUUUCGGCAUCUGUUCCGUGCUCAGCCACGUGUCGGAGCUGGCCGCGUACUUCACCAGUCACAAGCUGAUUGAGCUGGUGGGCCACAUCAGGGUACUGUACAUUGGACUGGCCUGUAACACCGCUCGCUACCUGUACAUCUCCUACCUGGAGAACGCCUGGAUCGUUCUGCCCAUGGAGGUCCUUCAAGGUAUGACGCAUGCCUCUGUGUGGGCGGCCUCUAUUUCCUACCUGAGUGCCGCGGUGCCGCCCGCCCUGCGCACCUCCGCCCAAGGCAUCCUGCAGGGGCUGCACCUGGGCCUCGGCCGCGGCUGUGGGGCCAUGAUCGGAGGAGUGUUUGUCAACUACUUUGGAGCUGCCCAGACAUUCCGAGGGAUUGGAAUGGCCUCCCUCGUCAUCCUCCUCAUCUUCUCUCUAAUUCAGUGCCUCGUUGGACAGAAUGAGGACAAGACAAAAGACCACAUUUUGGCUGAGAACAUUCCGGUCCCCUCCAGUCCAGUCCCGAUCGCCACCAUAGACCUGAUCCCAAACCAGAGCAGCUCCGAGUCCCGCCACCCCACCACUGCAGUGGCCGAACCCAAGGCCCCGGCCAAGAAGACCAAGCACCAAGAGGAGCAGGAGGAUGUGUCCAAGCCCGCCUGGGUGGUGUCCACCUCGCCCUGGGUCAGUCUGGCCUUCGCCCUCUACCAGCUGAAGGAGAUGGCGGCCCUGGAGAAGAGCGACCCGGCGCUGGCAGAGCAGACUCAACCCCAGCAGCAGGAGACAAAUGAAUUUAUGUUACCGGACAGUUCGAAUGAAGACACCAUAUCCCCACCCAUCAUGGAACGAGAGUCCAGCUCAGAAGGAUCGUCCACAUUUGAGCACAUAGCGGAGGCACCCACCAAUGUCAGUAGGGCACCCAAAGGCCCUUCAGAGGCCCCUGGCAAGCCUCCAGACCUCACUACAGAAGACCAUCUGCCAGCAAGGCACCCCGAAACCUCACCUACCGCUUCUGAUGAACCUCACAGAGCACCUCAAAGUCAUCCCGCCAAUCAGUAGCGUGUGGACUCACUAAAUUCCGAAGCAUCUAAAAUUUCUCCAUCUCGGGAGAAUGGAACGAGUAUCUCCAGAGGAUUGCUAUACUUUUUGGGACCUAAAGGGAAUAAUAACUGUAAAAAAAGAUUUGUAUAUUCUCGUUUACUUGUUUACAUUUAGUCUUACACUGUAGCAGUCUUCUUGUUUUGUCGUGUUUGGCCUCGUACUGCCACUAGACCUUUUGCCUUACCCCUGUUGCUAUCUUCACUUAAGGGCCUCUGAGAACUUAGUAUGCGCCUGUAUUGCACUGGAAUGCACAAAAAGACAACUGACUGAGAUAGAUUAGCACUCAUUCAAACUUUGUGGAAUGUGUUACAAGGCUACCCACCGAUGGAUGGUACGGCAGAACCUACAGGGUAUUGGUUUACUGAUGAUUGUAUGGCUAUUUGCAAGUCUGCUCGGCCAUAGUGUGGAUGCUGUGUGAUGCCUUUGGUGAAACAAUUGCCAUUUAGGGUGGAAGUUACAUGUGAAACGAGACAAGAAGGUCAGACAAGGUCACAUGAGGUGAAUGUGAAGAGUCACUUGUUUAGAACAUCAUGUGAGGCAAAGACUGGCACUAAUCCUGCUGCUUAGCAUCUGUCAGAAAACGCAUCAGCAGAAUCUCAAACGUUAGCACUGUAUUAAUACAAAGUUAGGCUGUUUUAGCCCAUGCCUAGUAGCAGCACCAUGGUCUGUGGUGCCGUCAUUUGUCUUGAAGCUACAUUACAAUUCACAUUAGCAUAAGGCACUUCACAGGUCGGUGUGAAAGUCCUUACGUGAAACUUCUGGUACGCAGCCACAUUCUUAAGCCUCUGCAACACCAAUAGCCUGCAUCCUAUUGUGUUUGUAUAUCAAGGAUGGAAUCCAGGAUCUAACCUUCAACCCAAGGACACUCUACAAGAGUACUGUUGGCUUUGCUUUGUCUAGAGGGCUUUCUAUGUUGAGUGUAUAUCUUUGUACGCGUGUGUGUGUGUAAGUAUGUGUGUUGUGUGUUUUUCCAACUCCAACUAGCAAGCACCUUUCUGUUCACUCUGCACUUAAAGUGUGAUUCAUUCCCAAAUCAGCUUGUUUACAUGUAAUUAGACAAAGAAAGUGUACAAAUCUACAAUAAAAUAAGGUUGUAUUUAUUUAAAAAUUAAAAGAAACAUUCUGUGAGAUAGUCGACUGAUUAAGUGGUUAUCAAGUGGUUCUUCAUAUAAAAAUCAGCUA